AUGAAUACUUAAGAAAACAUUCUUUAAGGUAUGAAUUUAUUAUAUAAACUCAGCCAUUAACUUNUAUUGUACUUAUGAAAAUUAAUAAUGUUAAGUCUUAACUAGUUGUUCUUAAUUGAAAAAUUUUAAUGAGUGUUCCAUAUUCAAUAAAAGUUGUUAAUUUGUUACAAGUUCAGGUAAGUGUGAAUAAUUAUAUUGUUCAUCUUAUACGAAUAGUAAUAAUUGUACAUAUGUAUUUGAGAAUAUUAACAAAGCAAAUAUUUAAAUUUGUGUUUGGAAUGAUGUUACAAAAACUUGUUCCACAGCUACUUAUUUAAUUUAAUAAACAUAUGAAAAUUGUUACUUAAAUACUGGAGGUACUUAUCAUUGGAGUAGCCCUUAAACAACAUAAGGCGCUUGUGUUUCAUGUUCAAUAAAUUGGAUAAAGCCUAAGAAUAUUUGUUCAUGUACACUAUUGAAUUAAAUUGAAUGUUCAUUAUCUAAACCUGUAUGCAAAUUAAACUAGAAUAAUGAAUGUGUAAAAUCAUAAUGCAAUGAAAUUUUUGAUUCAUUACAUUGUUCUUAAUAAAAUGAAUGUAUGUGGAAGAAUAAUUAAUGUGUAACAUUUACAAAAUGCACUGAUUUAAAUGGAAAAACAAAUCUGGAUUGUGUUGCAUAAUCAUUAUAAUGUUAAUCAAUUUAAAAUGGAAUAUGCUAAUCAGUAUCAAGUUUAAAUUCAUGUGAAAAGUAUUCAGAGUCUUAAUGUACAUUAGGAAGAUUAGGAUCUGAAGGUUUUUGUUAUUUUAAUUCUUCAAAAGAUGUUUGCUAAGUGAUUUCAUCUUGUGAUUAGAUUAAUAAUUUAUAAUAUUGUGAAAAUCUGAAUCCUGCAUGUAAAUGGAGUUACUUUUUCUCAUCAUGUGUUCCCUUUUAGUGUUAAGAUUAUCUUUAAGAAGAAGAAUGCAAAAAUGUUAUAGUCAAUCUUACAGAUCCUUAAAUUGAGUUAUGUGUUUGGUAGAAAUAAAAAUGUGUGCCUUUUGUAGAUACAUAUUAUAGGUUUGAUGAUGCUAUUUGUUACUUGAAAUCAGAUCAUACCUACAGAUGGGUUAAAGAAGAUUAAUUUGGUGUCAGAUGCUAGAAAUGCCUUUAAACAUUCCUGAUAAACAUCAUAGCAGUUUUAUUAUUGAAUUUGAUAUGA